GUUAUUAUCGAGCCGAAACUUCCGGUUGUAUCCGUGAUACUAGUGCAAUAAAUAUAAAGUAAAUUCUGAAAUGGAGCAACAGAUCAAGGCUUGUGUGGACAAUGGAACAGAAAUUGAUUGGGACGCGUGGACUAUUGAAAAGCUUCAGAGCCGACUAACUACCCUUGGAUUAUCCCCUGAGGGGAACAAACUUACCUUAAUAUUACGGCUACUAGACUACGUUAAUAAACAUGGUCCUGAAUGCUUAGACGAGAAUUUUCAGCGCAUGGAAAUAGUAAGCGAUGAAGAAUCAGACGAGGAAGAGCACGAAGGAGACUUUGUUAUUGAGACGAAAGAAGAUGGUGAAGAAAUAAAGCGUCCAACUCGAUUGCAAUUUGCAACUGAUUUAAUAUCUUCAGAGAAAUCUCGAACUGUGAGACUCUUCCCCAUAACUAGCUCUAUGCUAAAAGAUCCAGCUUUACAAGAAGUAUUUUCUCUCUCAGAAAGUUUUAUAUUACGAUUUUGUCCAGCCGAACCAGGAACGUCAGAAUACGAGCAGUCAGCCGACAAAAAAGGGAUUGCUGAGCUAAGAUUUAGAACGUUUCUCGAAGCAGAAACAACUUCGAAAGGUUUGACAAAGAGCCUCUUUGGUGUUACAGUUAAACAUUUAAAAUCGUCAACAAAAGGAGUAAUGCGUUAUUGGGAUAAUCAGUACGAAACUGAAAAAAGCGUUCACCCAGAAAGUUAUGCAAAAAGAAUUAAACAGUCUGAGGAUGCUGCUAUCAGAACGGUUGUUCUCUAUUGCAACCAAAAUAUUGAGAAUAUUAGCGAAGAAACAAUCGCGAAAGCGCUUAAUCUUCAAACACCGUUUUCAAUAUAUUUGCCUAGAAACGCCGACAGGCGACCAAAAGGCUAUUUAUAUGUAUCAUUUGAUUCCUCUAAAGCAGCGAGUGCCUUAUAUGAAACCAUAAGUAAAAAUGAUAUUUUGUUGGAUGAUGUUCAACUUAAGGCAACUUUAAUAGAUGGCGUUAUUAUAUUAGAUGAUCAAACAUUUGAAUUGAAAGUUUCUGGUGAUGAUGUAAACACAGAUGAUAUUCCAUCAUCGUUCUCUGCAGCAGGAGAAAUGCUUCCUCAUCCAGAAUUGUUAUCUGAAAAAAGAAGAGCUAAAAUGGAGCAAAUGGUACGAAACCUUCAUGGAAAAUUAAAAGAAAUUCAAGGCAAAAAAAACGACGAAACAAUUUCCUCAACAAAAAAAAAAUUAGGUAAACUUCAACAAAAGCUGUUAUUGGAUAAAGCUUUAAAGAUGAAUAUGGGAACUUGGUCAAAUACUAAAAGGGGCAAUAAAAAAAAAACCGAAGUUGCUAAACCUAAAAUAGCAACAUCUAAUAAAAAUCUUAAAAGCAAUACCUGGCAGAAAUCGAAUAGCGAAUCGAAAAAUGUUAUUAACAAACGAAAUAGAAAUCAUCGGGGUAGAACACCAUCUAUUGGUGGUUUCAAGCAGCGUUCAAAUUGGGGUCAACCAAGAUCAACCAGCGGUUUUUACCAAAGCAGAGACAGCUACCCAAGCAAUCACCCUGCCAUAUCUAACUAUUCUAAUCCAAACUACGGAUAUUCAACUGUUGGAGCUUACGAAACAAACGGUGCAAUUCCAGAACAAGGAUUUGGUAGAGGAUAUAACAGCCGACGACCUGCCAAUAAAUCCUACAACGAUUCCCAAUAUUGGUAA